AUGGAGCGGGCGCUAGGGCUGCCCGCAGAAGAGGACCUCUUCCACAAGAGCCUCGCCGCCUCGGCCAAGCGCAUGGAGUCCGCCUUCCGCUCGCCCCCGGGGCUCGACCUCUCCCACCCCCGCGACCGCCAGCCCUCGCCGCUCGCCUGCUACGAGGCGGCGGAGCCCGAGGCGCUGCUGCAGCCCGGCGUCGGCGGCGACCCGCUGGCGCUGCCGCCGGGCUCCGUCUGCGUCAAGUACGGCGAGAGCGCCAGCCGCAGCUCGGUGGCCGAGAGCAGCGGCGGCGAGCAGAGCCCCGACGACGACAGCGACGGCCGCUGCGAGCUGGUUCUGCGCGGCGCCGGGGGGGACCCGCGCGUCGCCUCGCCGGCGGCGGGCGGCGGCGGCGGCGGCGGCGGGGGGGGCGGGGGGCUGAAGGCGGCCGAGGGUGGCUGCUCCAACAGCCACGGGCACGGCGGCAGCAAGAAGUCCAAGGAGCAGAAGGCGCUGCGCCUCAACAUCAACGCGCGGGAGCGGCGGCGGAUGCACGACCUGAACGACGCGCUGGACGAGCUACGGGCGGUCAUCCCCUACGCGCACAGCCCCUCGGUGCGGAAGCUCUCCAAGAUUGCCACGCUCCUCCUGGCCAAGAACUACAUCCUGAUGCAGGCGCAGGCCCUGGAGGAGAUGCGGCGCCUGGUGGCUUAUCUCAACCAGGGCCAGGCCAUCUCGGCCGCCUCCCUGCCCAGCUCCGCCGCGGCGGCGGCGGCGGCGGCGGCUGCGCUGCACCCCGCCCUCGGCGCCUACGAGCAGGCGGCCGGCUACCCCUUCAGCGCCGGGCUGCCCCCCGCCACCUCCUGCCCGGAGAAAUGUGCCAUUUUCAACAGCGUCUCCUCCAGCCUCUGCAAACAGUGCACGGAGAAGCCUUAAGCGCCGCCGCCGUUGCCGCCCCCCGCC